AUGUCUUUCUUUUUCUUCUCUUUUCCCGAGAAUGUCUUUCGUUUCUCUUUCGUUUAUGUUUUAUGCAACGUCUUUAUUUCCAUCUCUUUCCUGAAUUAUAUUUUUAAGUCCCUUUUUUCUUCUCAGGGGAAGUUCUUUUUUCCGACUGUUUUUUUAUAUAAACCUUUUCUUUUCUUUUUUUUUCUUCUCAUCUUUAAUUUUAUGUUUCUUUUCUCUAAAUGUUUUUUCUUUAUUUUUUUCCGUAACAUUUCUAUCUUUUUUAUGUCUUUCUACAUUUCUGAAAUUCUUUUUCAUUAUAUAUCUUUCCUUCUUUUCCCUCUUCACAAACAUCUUUCUUUUUUUGUUUCAAUUUUUUAUAGUGUAAAGCCUUUCUGUCUUCUUUAUUUUCAACCUCAUUUUAAUCUUUAUAUUUGUUUCUUUUUCUUCUCUCUUCUAAAAAAUUUCUUACAUAUUUUUACCGCCUUUCUAUCUCUACCUCUCUUUCUGUCACUUUCUCUUUCUUAUAAAGUUUCAGUUUUUCUUUCUUCUUUUCUUAAAUUCUUUUUCACUAUAUCUCUUUCCUUCUUUUUCCUCUUCACAAAAAAUUUCUUUCUUUUUUUUUUGUUUGAACUAUUCUUAUUUCUCUCUUUCGUUGAAAUUUUCCUUAUUUUUUUCUUUUGUUUUCGUUUUAUAAAAAAACUUUUCUUUUUGUCACUUUCUCUUUCUUAUAAAGUUUCAGUUUUUCUUUUUUUUAUUUGUUACUUUUUUUCGCCAUUUCUACUUCUUUCCUUCGUGAUGCAAAUUGCCAAUGCGUAUUUUCGUAUAAAAAGAACCAAAGCUAUCUAUCUAUCUAUCUAUCUAUCUAUCUAUCUAUCUAAAUUCAUAUCUCUCUUGAUAUCUAUCUUCAUGUCUCUCUUCAUGACUAUCUAUCUUCAUAUCUGUCUAUCUUCAUAUCUCUCUGUCUGUCUGUCUAUCUAUCGUCAUAUCUAUCUAUCUUCAUAUCUAUCUAUCUAUCUAUCUAUCUAUCUAUCUAUCUAUCUAUCAUCACUUUCUACCUAUGUUCAUAUCUCUUUUCAUAUCUAUAUUCAUAUCUGUCUACAUAUCUUCAUAUCUCUCUUCAUAUCUAACUUCAUAUAUCUCUCCAUGACUAUCUAUCUAUCUAUCUAUCUUCAUAUAUGUCUAUCUAUGUUAACAUCUUUCUUCAUGUCUAUCUAUCUUCAUACCUAUCUUCAUAUGUAUCGAUCUACCUAUCUACACAUCUCUCUUCAUAUCUAUGUUCAUAUCUCUCUCUCUCUUUCUCUCUCUCUCUCUAUCUAUUUAUUUUCAUAUCCCUCUUCAUAUCCAUAUCUCUCUUCAUUUUAUUCAAAUUCAAAUCUAUCUAUUCUCUAUCAAAUUCUUUGUUCUAAAUCUAUCUAUUUAUCCCUAUCUAUCAUAUAUCUCUAUUCCUAUCUAUCUAUCUCUCUAUCAAAUUCUUUGCAUAUCUAUCUAUCUAUCUAUUUAUCUAUCUAUCUAUCUAUCUAUCGUCAUAUCUCUAUUCCUAUCUAUCUAUCUAUCUAUCUAUCUAUCUAUCUAUCUAUCUAUCUAUCGUCUUAUCUCUAUUCCUAUCGAUCUAUCUAUGUAUCUAUCUAUCUCUCUUCAUAUCUCUUUAUCUAA